AAGACAUUUUCCCUCUACAAUAGUCACAUGUUAAACCUUCUAUGACCAACUCUACAGGUUUACCAAUGAAUCUAGCUACCCCAGAUAUUAGCUCAACCCAAGAUUCUUCACAAACCCAAUGUCCCCAAACUCCAUGCAAUAACAAACAGGAGAAACAAACAUUUGAAUCUUCUUCAGACUGUCAGAAAAGUUUCAAGCCCCCACCUCCUCCACCUCCACCUCCACCCCCAUGUGUGACAUAUUUUCCUUCUUCAUCUCAAACCUUUCCAAAAUCAUCAAACACUCCAUCUUGUAUUCCACCACCACCACCACCAUGUCCACCUCGUUUAAAAGGAAAAAAUAACUCUACUAAAGGCCCACCCCUUCCUCCUCCACCCCCAUAUGUGACAUUUUUUCCUUCUUCAUCUCAGACCCCUCCAAAAUCAUCAAAAGCUCCAUCUUCUAUUCCACCACCACCAUGUCCACCUCCUUUGUCAAAAGGAAAAAACAACUCUGCCAAAGGCCCGCCUCCUCCACCAUCUCGACCGCCUCAAUCUACUCCAUUGGGCAAAUAUGCAGCUCCAUUACCAAAAUUGAAGCCAUUCCACUGGGACAAGGUAAAAGCUGCCCCUGAUCAACCUAUGGUUUGGGAUAUGCUGCCACAUUCAUUUAAGUUAGACGAGGAAAUGAUUGAAUCACUUUUCGGAGACAAUUUAAAAAACUCAAUGAACAGUGAUGAAGCUAAGAAGAAGACUCCUCCAAGCAAGCAUGUCUUUGAGCCAAAGAGACUACAAAACAUAAGUAUAGUGUCAAAAGCCUUGAAUGUGACUGCUGAGGAAGUAUGUAAAGCACUAAUACAAGGGAAAGGUUUGGGUUUGCAACAACUGGAGGCAUUGGUGAAGAUGGUACCUACCAAAGAAGAAGAGGCUAAGCUCUCUAGCUAUGAAGGAGACAUUAAUGAACUGGAGUCUGUAGAGAAGUUUUUCAAAGAAAUUCUUGAAAUACCAUUUGCCUUUCUACGAGUUGAAGCCAUGCUUUACAGAGAAACUUUUGAAGAUGAGGUGGUUCAGUUCAGGAAAUCUUUUUCAAUGCUAGAGGAGGCCUGCAAGGAACUCAGAUCAAGCAGGCUCUUCUUAAAGCUACUUGAAGCCGUGCUCAAAACAGGCAAUCGUAUGAAUGUUGGAACUAGCAGAGGAGGUGCUAGAGCAUUUAAGCUUGAUACCCUCCUUAAACUUGCUCAUGUGAAAGGCACUGAUGGGAAAACUACCUUACUCCACUUUGUUGUUCAAGAAAUACUCCUGUCUGAGGGAAUUAGAGUUUCAGAUAGUAUUAUGGGGGUUGAACAGAGUAAAGAAGAUUACAGAAGAAUGGGUCUUGAUCGUGUUUCUGGUCUGAGUACAGAACUCUCCAAUGUGAAAGAGACAGCUACAAUUGACUUGAAUGUUCUUGCAAGCUCUGUCUCAACCCUAUCAGAUGGAUUGGCCACACUGCAACAUCUAGUACAAAAGGACUUGUGUAUGGAUGAACAAAAUGGAAACUUUGUCAACUCAAUGAGAUCCUUCAUAAAUUAUGCAGAGAAAAUUCUGAAAGACUUGCAGGGAGAAGAAGAUAGGGUCCUAACACAUGUCAAAGAAAUUACUGAGUACUUUCAUGGAGAUGUGAGCAAACACGAAGACAACCCACUUCGGAUAUUUGUCAUUGUGAGAGAAUUUCUGGGCAUGUUAGAUCAUGUUUGCAAAGAGCUUAGAAGCUCUUGAGCUUUACACUGUCCAAAUUCUCUGGCACCAUUCUGGUCGUAGUUAUUGUCCAACCAUUCGAGAGCUUCUUUCAAUCUUCUCCUUAUCAUCCAAAUCAAUCUUAUCUGCCAACUUGUCCUUGUCUCCAAUGGUGCUCCUCAUGUUGUAGAUGUACGUCUCCAACUCUUGUUCCUGGCAUCAAUUCUCUCCUUUGCCUUCUUAUCCUCUUCUGCAAACUGCUCGGCCUCCUUCAGCAUCCUCUCAAUUUCUUAUCCUCUUCUGACUUCUUAGCUGCCUUUUUUUCUGCUUACACAUGUAAGAUACCAUUGGCCAACCUCAAAGGUAACCUCAAUUUGGUGGGCUCCCCUGCAAUAAGAAUCAGAACAUUGGUCCGAAUCCACAAGCUAUAGGCUAUAGUUAUAUAGGAUAUAAAAAUCAUUGCAAUGCAGUAAACUUCUAUUUCCUUGAAACUAGUGACAUUACACAAAUAUCACAGUCCAUUUUCUGUUUAGAUUACCUUGGAGCAGGUGGAAUGCCAGAUAAAUCAAACCUCCCAAGUCCACAACAAUCCUUUGUCAAGCUUCUUUCACCUUUGAAGACCUGAAAAUUUUCGAAGAUACAUUAGUCUCAAAACACUACAUGCAGCAUGUUUAUAAUAGAGUAAGGUUUCUUCAUUCUUGCAUGGAUUCAUAUGUUAUACCUUGAUGGACACUGUGGUUUGCUGGUUGACACCCUUGUUUUUGUUUGGCUCCUUGCCAUCAAAGAAAAGGCUACUUCUUCUUGGAACGUCUUUUCCUCACACGUUUUUUAUUCAUUGUGUCAGUCAACAAAUCCUUGCUAAAAUUUCAUGACGAGACACACUGACACAGACUACAGUUUCUUUAUGGUAGCAGCAUGAGAUU